AUGCCGCAUGCCGCGAAAGUCCAGGAGGUGCAACAGCUGGAGGCGGAGCGGCAGCAGCUGAAGGUGGAGAGGCAGCAACUCACCUCGGAGAUCGAGGAGCUGUCGAGCGCCACCGGCACCAUGCGCGACGAGGCACAGCAUCAGCGACAGGAGAUGGAAGAGGCCUACAGCCGCCUCCAGGAGGAGCUGGAGAUGCAGCGUGCGACAUGUGCGACGCAUUUGGCGGAGGUAAAGGCGAAGGAGGUG